GGUAAACUCAGGAUGCACACAACGUACUUAUUAGGCAUGGAAACUCCAAUGACGCGCCAAAAGUUCACUCUCUUGUUGCUUAUUGCAGCUUUCAGCGUUUUCAUAAUUUCUGGUGGAGUGGAUGGGGCUAAUGAGUGUGGGAAAUCCUCUCCCGACAGAGAGGCCUUCAAGCUUGCCCCUUGCAUGUCAGCUGUCCAGGACAUCAAUGCCCCUGUCUCGAGCAGCUGCUGCCUCCAAGUGAAGAAGAUGGGACAGAACCCGAGUUGCCUAUGCGCUGUUAUGCUCUCAAACACAGCUAAGAGCUCGGGAGCUAAGCCUGAGGUUGCCGUCACCAUCCCCAAGCGCUGCAACAUCGCGGAUCGCCCCGUCGGCUACAAGUGCGGAGCUUAUACUCUGCCUUAAGGACUCGGGGCUGCUAGGGUCGUCACUCGAGUUGAGACCUUUCUCGAGUCUUACAGUUCCAACUAAUUAGGGUGACUCUUAAAUCAAGACAUCUUGAAUAAAUGUACCGAACUUAUUGGAGAGGCAACAUCUCUGGCUUUAUCAUGUAUCGGGAGAUUGUUGAACCAACAUCUACCUUGUAAUCUUGGUUCUGCUUUUCUUCGAGUCCAUUACGCUUAAUCCCAAGCUAGCACGGGGCUUGAUUUUAUUGA